UAAGGUUUCCGGUGUCAUGGCGGCCUGAGGUCUCGGGAGCUGGCGAGGCGGCUGCAGGCCCCUCCCUGCGGAGCCGCUGGUACGGCUGGCGGGGAUGUGACCGCGGGUUCUGCUGGCCUGCCUCGGGCGUCCUGUCAGCUCCGGUGUCAGCCCUCAGCCCAUAUCCAUGGCGGGAUCCGGCUGUGCGUGGGGCGCCGAACCACCGCGGUUUCUGGAGGCCUUCGGGCGGCUGUGGCAGGUACAGAGCCGCCUAGGCAGCGGCUCCUCGGCCUCCGUGUAUCGCGUGCGCUGCUGCGGCACCCCCGGCUCGCCCCCUGGCGCGCUCAAGCAAUUCUUGCCUCCAGGAACCACUGGGGCUGCGGCCUCAGCAGCGGAGUAUGGUUUCCGCAAAGAGAGGGCGGCGCUGGAGCAGUUGCAGGGUCACAGGAACAUCGUGACUUUAUAUGGAGUCUUUACAAUCCACUUCUCUCCAAAUGUGCCAUCGCGCUGUCUGUUGCUUGAACUCCUGGAUGUCAGUGUUUCGGAAUUACUUUUAUAUUCCAGUCACCAGGGUUGUUCCAUGUGGAUGAUACAGCAUUGUGCCAGAGAUGUUCUGGAGGCCCUUGCUUUUCUUCAUCAUGAGGGUUACGUCCAUGCAGACCUCAAGCCACGUAACAUAUUGUGGAGUGGAGAGAAUGAAUGUUUUAAACUCAUCGACUUUGGACUUAGCUUCAAAGAAGGCAAUCAGGAUGUAAAGUAUAUUCAGACAGACGGGUACCGGGCUCCAGAAGCAGAACUGCAAAAUUGCUUGGCCCAGGCUGGCCUGCAGAGUGAUACAGAAUGCACCUCAGCUGUUGAUCUGUGGAGCCUAGGAAUCAUUUUACUGGAAAUGUUCUCAGGAAUGAAACUGAAACAUACAGUUAGAUCUCAGGAAUGGAAGGCAAAUAGUUCUGCUAUUAUUGAUCACAUAUUUGCCAGUAAAGCAGUGGUGAAUGCUGCAAUUCCAGCCUAUCACCUAAGAGACCUUAUCAAAAGCAUGCUUCAUGAUGAUCCAAGCAGAAGGAUUCCAGCUGAAAUGGCAUUAUGCAGUCCAUUCUUCAGUAUUCCUUUUGCCCCUCAUAUUGAAGAUCUGGUGAUGCUUCCUACUCCAGUCCUAAGGUUGCUAAAUGUACUGGAUGAUGAUUAUCUUGAGAAUGAAGAGGAAUAUGAAGAUGUUGUAGAAGAUGUAAAAGAGGAAUGUCAAAAAUAUGGACCAGUAGUGUCUCUGCUUGUUCCAAAGGAAAAUCCUGGCAGAGGACAAGUCUUUGUUGAGUAUGCAAAUGCUGGUGAUUCCAAAGCUGCUCAGAAAUUUCUGACUGGAAGGAUGUUUGAUGGGAAAUUCGUUGUGGCUACAUUCUACCCGCUGAGUGCCUACAAGAGGGGAUAUCUUUAUCAAACCUUGCUUUAAUCAGUAACCUAAGGACUAUUUCCUGUUUCUCCUCUUCCAUUUCCUGGAUUAUUGUAUUCCACAUCUGAAUGCAGGAGUACUCCUUUACCAUUAAGGGAAUACUUCAUACAUUUAUUUAAUCCUACUAAUGUGCAGUCAUUGCCCAAGCAAUGUUGUACAAAAACAUUUGGCACUGAGUAGGAGAAGACCUCUCAGCUAUAUCUUGAGGGGUUUUAGAGCAUCCAUGUGGGCAACCUUUUUUCGUGCAGUAGGGCAGGUGCUGCUCUUCAGUAUGUAACCUAAACAGAUAUUAGUUAUUUCAUGUGAAUAUGAAGCAAGGAUGAAUAAUAUGUUGUAGUGAGUAUUAUUAACAAAUUUGUUAGGGUUGGUGACAUCACUUACAGAUUAUUCCUUUAUGUUAUCAGGUGGUUCUUAAUGUUGAUAUCCAUAUCUGGCACUGGAUGCUAUCGAUAAUAUUAAGUAAUUGUCAAGCAGCAGUUACCUACUGUGUUCUUAACACUGAGUUGUGAAUUUUUUUAAAGGAGUACUGUAGUACUUAAUAUUCCUUUAAAGAAACUGCAGUGAGCCUAUCUACAUUUUUUUAUUAUUAUUAAGGCUUUUAAAAUAGAAAGCUGAUGCUUGAUCUUGCACAAUUUUUAUGUCUAGUAUGUUUGCUCGAGUGAGUGUGCAGGUGUGAAAGACUAGAGAAAACUUGAGUCAGUGUACUUUAUAGUGUGAAUCUUGUGAGCUAAUACAGUCUAUACCCAUCUCUUCCCUAUCUGUUUCACACUUGUAAGAUUUAAGGUGUAUGUGUUUUAAAAGUUGGUCUGUCUGAUAGAAUGUAAAUGACAAAACGGUCAUUCCUGAGAGGCUAAGAACAAACUGGAGUCUCUAGACCAGGGUUGUAUUGAACUCUUCAAUCUAUUGGAACAAAGUAAGUUUAGGUACAUGUUAAUUAUCCCAUCCUUCAAUCUUCUUUAGACCCUUGAUUGGCACAUCUUUUUAUAUUGAAUCUCCUGUGAUAAUUGUUAGAUUUCUCAAAAUGUGGUUCUACCAAGUAGAAUGGAAAAUUGAAGUGGAUCACCAAAAAAAAAAAAAAAAAAAAAAAAAAAAGUGGGGUGGGGAAACAAAAAGGCAAAGAGAGGGCAGAUAAUCAAGGAUCCUUUUUUGACUUCCUUCUAUCUCUCACCCACUUCCCCACCACACCCUUGUCUUCCCUUUCCUCCAUUUUCUGUUUAAUUGAAGAAAAGCUUAGAGGAACAUCAUCCCAAGUGGUCUGGCUUUUGACUUUAGGAAGUUAAAGAAAGGUGUAGAUUUAAGACAAAUGGAAUUAGAAAGGAAGAAAAACUCAAAUCUUAGAAGGAUUCAUUGUAAUCAAAUGGAUCCAUGAAUAAGGGUUGCAAAGGGUAUGCAUGAGUUUAUGGAUAUAGGUUGAUUACAUGGUUUUAAGAAUUGUAAUUAUGAAUUAUUCUCAUUAUAUGAUUGUCCUUAAAGAUAUAAAAAUUAGGAAACCUUUGUAAAGCACUGAUUGUACAAAAAAAUGACAAGUUAUAUACAGAUUAUGAAUUUUUUUCUAUUUCCUUACCUAAAUGAAAUUUUUAUUUAUUGAUUUCCCCCCUCAGGAAAAAGCCUUUUAUAUCUUUCUCUAUUGGAAGCCUCCUCAUGUAGGCUUUCCUUGUGUGUGCCACGCAAUUAUUGAGAGCCCAGUUAGAAUCUGCAUUUUAGGGCAUGAAUUAUUUUGCCUCUUCACACAAUCACUAUUUGAAAUUUUAGUUAACGCAUUACCAAAUUAUUCAGGGAUCUCCCUUAAUAUUUAUUAUGAAGCCAAAUUUGGUAUAAGGAGGAGGCUGACUUAUGAAUUACCAAAGGGUCUCAUACCAUGGUCCCUGAUACAUGCCCUUAGGAAGAAUAACUAUUCUUUUUUAUUUUGGCUCUUUUGAGGAUUGGAUUGAUUGGUUGUUUUGUUUUCAAGUUGGAAUUCAAGAGUAGAACCAAUAUUGUGAAGACGUAAGCUUUCCUAAAACGUAAAUAUUUAUAUGGCUAGCUGCUUCUUAGAAACAGUAGGUCCUUAGGUAUAUUCCAAUAAAGAUGGAAUACAAAUGAAUUCUUUCUAAGGGCAAGUAUUCUAGGCUAGCACAUGUACCUCUUUCCCCUACCCUUAAAAAAGAGAGAGAGAAAUCCUUGCAAAUAAACUGCAGAUAGGCUUUUAAGCUUAGUCAUGCAGUAUGCUGCUAACACUGAUGCUGUACUUCACGGCAUUCUUUGAUCAUCUUAUUGCAGAUGUAUUCAUACAUAUAUGUAGUGUUUAACACUGUAGAAUUUUAUUUCAGAAGAUGCUAAGUAGAUUUUUAAGGGAGCUGAAGAAAUAAUUGAUGUGUCUAAGUAACCAUGCAUUGAAUUAAAUAUAUUAUGUGAAAGCACGAAAUUGAAAAGAAAAAGAUACCUACCAUGAUUUAAAAUGUCAUUUAUAGCUCUUAGCCUAUUCUACCAAAGAUGAUAUUUGCAGAUUCUCCCUUCCUCCACUGAUAUUAUCAGAAGUUUAAUCUAAAUAUCUUCUUAAACUGGAACCAAAAUAUUAUGAAAUGCAAUUUUCAUGAUUCUUUAAGGAUGAAAUACAUACAGGAAUUCCUCAAAGUUAUUGAAAAUCUAGAAAUUCUCUUACUGAGAGGCAGGGUAAAGAGGUGAGGGUUCAUGUCACUUAACCCCUACCCUUGGGGACAGAUUUUAUCUCAGGUAGUUUUUCUUUCCCUAAAUUAGUACCUGUGCUUCUUUUCCACUCACCUUCCCAAUUUCUUCUUUAUUGUAACGUGGUAUAGCCAUGGUACAUUUCACCCCAGAAAAGGCAUUUGAAGUGUUUAUAGGAAAUUUUGGGUUCUUUAGAAACAUAUUUGGAGGAAGUGAUUAACCACUCUUCAAACUGUAAUGCUGUAUUUAGAGAACAAGAUAAGACACCUCAGUGAGAUAGAACUAGCUAAAAGUACUGGCUGCAUUUUAAAGGAAUUGAAAAAAAUCUGUCCUCUUGCAAUAAGAGAUCUGCUUUUAUCACUACUGAAUGUCUUCCUUGUUUUAUGGCCAUCAACAUAGCAGCUGUCUUUAGAGAAAUUCCUUUUCUGCUAUACCUUGAGCCAAAACUGUGGCUGCUUUUAGAACAAAAAUCUUAAGUAUACUUUCAUUCAUCCUUCUCUUUGUUUAAUUGAGAGAAGUGUGACCUUCUUUUUGGGACUCUAGCUGCUAAAGAGUGUUGAGAUAUGCUAACCUGCCUGCAACAGUGCAGCCAUGUGGAGGAAGUUAAAACUACAGGCAUGAUACUUGAUUCUAUCUUGUUACACUGGACUCUGCCCUGGUAAGGGCAUCAGUUACUUUUCUGGAAUAAAUUGAAGGCAGAGUUAGAGCACUCAUUAGAUGCUGUUUUCAUGGCUCUUUUGAGUUCAUUCAUCAAAUACAGGUGACAUUAUUUUCUUAGGUCUGUUUUCUGACUUUUUAAAUUAGGCCAAUCUUAACAUAAUUUUACUAUCAGUUAUUCUUGGCAGCAUGGUAUUUUAUUUUUUAUUUUUUAUAAUAAUUAAUGAAAAUCCCUGCUGUAACUGAUAAUAAUUAUAAUAAUAUAGUUACUGGGUAAGGAAGCCAGGGAGACUCUCAGUAACCACAUUUUAUCCCGACUCUUAUGCAAGGGUACAUGCCGGGCAAAUUUAUUCAGGUUAGGGUACAGAUGGAAUCACAUCAUGACUUUUAGUCUGGAGGAUGUGUAGAUAGUUAAGGAUUUGAGCAAGUGCCUUUUGUUUCCUGGAAAAUAGUAAAAGUCAUUUGGGUGAAAGCUUCCCAGAUGCUGAUUAAUUGCACCAACGCCUUUUUCUUGGAAGAACUUUUGGAUUGAGUCACAUAACUAAAAAGUCCAAAAUUUCCCUGGUAUCUUUUUUUCUGGUAUGUGUAAAACUAUUCAUAUUUAAUUUUAUUCCAAUAUUAUAUCUGAUGGAAAAGCCAGUUAUCUGGCAGAAUCUAAUUCUUCCUUGGAUCUAGCUCCAUUUUUAAUGUCAGGUUCCUUCCUCAAACUUAUUACUCUAGCUCUCUAUUUCUUGUCAAGUGUGAUCACAAUCAGACCAGUCCUCAGUCACAGUCAGCUUAAAAGAAUUGCCAUUUCUUACGGUGCUCAGUAAAUCACCUUUAUUUUGAGAUGGUAGUCUUUCAAGUUAGAAUUAUUUAGUAGCCUUCUCAAUGAAUAUAAAAAUGUUGAGUGUCCAUUAUAUGGAGCUCAUCUGAGGCCUAUGGUUAUAUUUAGAUUUUGUAUUAAUCAUAGAGGAGCAUGGACAUUUUGAUUUCUAGAGUACCCAGAAUUUUAAAGAUUUAAGUUAGCUUCUUCUCUACCUGAUACCACAGGAUAUAUCAUGUUUGUUAUCUCAGCCACUUUCCUCAAACGUUACUAUUUUUGAAUUAUAUGAUGACCAGUAAGUAGAUUCACAACAUACACAGUCAACAAAUAUUAUGGAUAUUUAAGAAGAAGGUAAACAAUUUUAACUAUUUUUGCUGUGAUUUUAUUGGAGAAAUGGACUGUAAAAGAAAUAUCUGUAAGCCAGAGAGCAUUUAGGAAAUUUUAUAUUUUAUAGGUGGUCAUUAAGGUGAUCUUCAGGAUAUAAGAUACAUAGUUUACACAAACUUUGUUCUCCUGAUAUGAGAUUCUUAUUUUCGUAUAGCUAGCACUUUUGUUGUUCUUUGUAUUGCUUAUGAAGAUUAUUGUUUUAUUUGCUUUAUUUGUGCUUUUCGGAGAAUUAUAAUCAUGGCAGUUGUGCUUGUGGCACCAUAAAUGCUGGAGUUCACAGGAAACUUAUGAAAUGAUUGCCCCUAUUUUAUUUCCCAUUAAAUUGGGUAACUGCCACAGUAACCUGAAGAAAACUUGAUGACUUUUUGAAGACCAUGUAUAUUUUAUGAACUGGGUUCAUAAUGUUUUAAUUUAAAGGCAAAAAGAAACAUUCUAAUUUGCCUUAAUCUUUGUAGUGCAGAAGAGAGCUUAUUUCAUUAUAUUACUUUGUAUAAUGAAAAUAAGUCACAUUCUGAAAAAACAAAACAGAAUUGUUCAGAUUCUUUUUGUUUCUUUUGGGAAGCCCUUGCAUGAAAAUCAGAGCUACUUCCUACUAUAAGCUAUUGAUGUCAGAAUUAUUUGUAGUCGCCUUUUUAUCCCAGAUUGGAAUUGCCUUCCUCUUUUAGUUUAUCUCUCCUUAAUUACAUUCAUGGUAUGGGGACAGUGAGUGUAUAAAAGCAAAUGUAGUGAGGUAUUCUUAAAUCAUGCAUGUAUGAAUUCAAAAUUUCUUCAGUCAUUUGAAUUAUCUAUAGUUAUUUUAUUAGCACAUAUUUUCAGAAGACUACCAAAUUUAAGGGUUAAAAAAAAUAGAUGAGGGGAAGAAAAUGACUCCCUGACUGGUAUUUGUAAUCUUAUAUAUACUCAUCAAUUAUUUUUUAAAAUCCAAACUGGGUACCUAUAGAAUGGAAACAUUGCCUUUCCUAUACAUUCCUUGUUGUUGCUUCUCCAGAAAAUUAUUGUAAGAGUUUAUAGAGCCAGAUUAAAUAUCCAUUUUCAGUUUAUUCUAAUUUUUAAUAGUAAAUAUUUGAAUUCCAGCUUUUUUGUAUUUGGUGUUCACUACCAUUCAUGCACAUCAAGGAUCAGAAACUGGGGAUCAGCCAUCUCUCUGUUUCCCUUUGCAUAUUGGGUACAGUGGGUGGCAUUAGUAUGCACUAGCUGCAAAGUUACAGCACCUUAUGGAACUUAAAUAGUGUUUAUUUAUUAUAAUUUUUAAAAGUUAUUCUGCACUUCUAUAGAUCACUUAUUUUACAGAGAGUAAAGCUGUCACAUCUUGUCCAGAAGGAUUUACUCUUUUCAUUCUUAAUUUUUUUCUGAAAAAUCUUAAAUAACUUAACAUUCCUUAACAGUGUAGACUCUGGGGUACAAGGGAUUCUCCCAAUCCCCCCAAAAGACUCCAUCUUUGCUCUCUUUUAACCAUUCUUAGAAAUCCAGUUGCAAUCAAUGAAUUUUAAGUCUAUGGCCUCCUGUGUCAGCACUGGAGUGGUGGUUGUGAAUAUUAAAAUUCCCUUAUGCAAUUGCUAUGUUUUGAUGAGAAGGUAUCAUUACAUGUGAAAGAUCACUUAAACUAAAGCCAGUUAUGAAAAGUAUUCUCUCCUGAAGUUUCACCUUCACCUCAGAACUACAAGAAUAUCACCGUGCACAGUGAAUAGCUAUAACAUAUUCUACCAGUUGUUUCAGUAGCAAAUUGGUCUUGGCAUUUCUUGGCACUAUGGUCUCUGAUCUUUGUGAUGUCUUAUUGUGAGUUUUUUUGUUUGUUUUUAUUUUUAAUAAAUAAGUGGGACUAUAAAGUGUAGAUGUGUGUCAGUACCAAGAAGUUCUUUUCAAAAAUCUCUCAAUUUCUGAUUUCCGGUCAAGUCUUUCAGACUUGUUUUUUCUUGCUGAGUAGCAAAGAACUUUUAUUUUACACUUUCCUACAUACCUAAAAAGUAUGAACACUGCGUUUUGAUGGACUGUAUUGCGUACUUUUUGCUGAAAACUUUUUCUGUAAACACAAUUGCCUUGUUCAGUUUUGUUGUAAACUGACUUACCAUCAUAAGAUGCACUGUUGAUAUGCUUUCUGAUGUGUGUUUGAUAAGAGUGAUAAAAUAAA